AUGGGGACAAAAGGGGGUGGCCCUGGAGGUGGCACCUCCUGUGGUGGCACCUUCACUGGUGGCACCUCCAUUGAUGUCACCUUCAAUGGUGACAUCUCCUGUGGAGGCUCCUGCACUGGUGGCACCUCCAUUGAUGUCACCUUCAAUGGUGACAUCUCCUGUGGUGGCACCUUCACUGGUGGCACCUCCCAUGGUGGCACCUGCAUUGGUGGCCCUGGAGGUGACACCUUCUGUGGUGCCACAUCUACUGAUGUCACCUCCCAUGGUGCCACCUCCAUUGGUGUCACCUCCAUUGAUGUCACCUCCAUUGAUGUCACCUCCAUUGAUGUCACCUCCCAUGAUGUCACCUCCAUUGAUGUCACCUCCCAUGGUGCCACCUCCAUUGGUGUCACCUCCAUUGAUGUCACCUCCCAUGGUGCCACCUCCAUUGGUGUCACCUCCAUUGAUGUCACCUCCCAUGGUGCCACCUCCAUUGGUGUCACCUCCAUUGAUGUCACCUCCCAUGGUGCCACCUCCAUUGGUGUCACCUCCAUUGAUGUCACCUCCCAUGGUGCCACCUCCAUUGGUGUCACCUCCAUUGAUGUCACCUCCCAUGGUGCCACCUCCAUUGGUGUCACCUCCAUUGAUGUCACCUCCCAUGGUGCCACCUCCAUUGGUGUCACCUCCAUUGAUGUCACCUCCCAUGGUGCCACAUCCCGUGGUGUCACCUCCAUUGGUGUCACCUCCCAUGGUGCCACAUCCCGUGGUGUCACCUCCAUUGAUGUCACCUCCCUUGGUGCCACAUCCCGUGGUGUCACCUCCAUUGGUGUCACCUCCCUUGGUGCCACCUCCAUUGGUGCCACCUCCAUUGAUGUCACCUCCCUUGGUGUCACCUCCAUUGGUGUCACCUCCAUUGAUGUCACCUCCCGGUCCCUCCUCCAGCUCCUCCUCCUCCUCCUGGGCGCCCGGAGCGGCCGCGGCUCCUCCCGCGGGUCCCCGGUGGGGCCGGGCAGGGGAAGACCCGGGCAGGCCACCCCCUGGACCUCCCCCAGGAGCAAGAGGGCCCAGGAGUCCUACCUGAAGUGGGUGCCUUUUGAAGGCCACGUCCCCGCGGACGCCGUGGCCAACUGGAACGACCACGCCAAGAGGACCGAGUUCAUCUGCUCCACCCGGGAGCUCUGCUGCAACGUCGGGGUCCACGUCCCCCACCGAGGUCCCACCUGCUUCUUCCCCUACAGGGAGCAGGAGAUGAGCACCGAGAACUUCCAGGUCUUGGUCAACCUGGGUGGUUUGGAGGCCUUGGCUUGGGUGGAUGAUUCCUUUGGGGGGGUCCCCCGAGACGCCGUGGAGGGUUGUCCGUUGGUCGACGUCUUCGUUGGGAGGAACCACUACGGUGUGGGCAAGGUCUCCAAGGAGCAGAGGGCCCUGUUCGUGGUGGUGGAUCAGGAGGAGCUUUGGUUCAAGUGGUACCAGGUCUUGGUGGUCAAGAAAGGUCCGGUCGGUGUCACCAUCUCCGACGUCCUCUACAACCUGAGCGGGGCGGUGGAGCGACGGGAGGAGGUGACCUUGGUGAAGGCCACGCUGAGGAACGAAGGGUGUGGUUGGGGCUGGAGAGUCACCACCUUGGAGGAGACCACGGAGGUGGAGCAGGACUGGGAGUUGGAGCAGAGGGUCUUCCCCACCCUCCGGGGGGUCUUCCGAGCCACCCUCUUGACCUUCAACGGGACGGGUUGGGAGGCCACCAAUGUCACCACCCUGCCCUGGGUGGGGGGAGCCAGCGCCAGCAAGUACGUGGCCCACAGGCAGGUGGUGGAGAAGCAGGUGCCACCAGGGAGGGCCUGUGGGGUGGCCUUGGUGGGACACAGGGUGGAUGCCCAGGUCCCCUUCACCGCCAACUUCAGCCGGGACUUUGGGGACGGUGACGUGCACUGGGUGGGGGUUGGGGGGUGGGCUCGGAUCCGGGCCGUGGUGGGGGUCAAGGUGGAGCUCCAGGGGUGUUGGGCCAUCUCUGAUGUCCCACCGUGCCCGGUGUAG